CCGGGAACGAGGUUCGUAGAAAUUCGACAUCAUGGCGGAGGAAGACAGUGAGAUUUUCGGCUACUUGCAAAGUAGCGGGCCGCAGGAACAGGCAGUAGACGGCACAAAAGGCGGAGAUGCCGCCCAAAAGAAGGACCUAUCCAACCAUGCAAUAAAAGCCAACAGCACAGCAGUGGCAGUGACGGCCAACGGUGACGAGAACGACGGGGCCUCCACUUCCGGCACGAAAGCACAGCCCCAGAGAAACGCUGCCGGAAGCGGGGCCGUACCAAAGGACAAGAAAAAGAAGAAGAAAAAGAAGAAAGACAAGGGUGGAGAAGAAGAAAACAAAGACAAGGGCUCUGCUGUAGCAACAAAUGCUUCUGAAUUAAAGAAUGCCCAGCUAUCCAUGGCCAAGUUGCGGGAUUUCCAGCGAGCGAUGGAGAUGUUCGUGCAUCAAGGACCGGCCAAGAACAUGGAGGACGCCAAGAAGAAAGUCUACAACUUCUGGGACACCCAGCCAGUACCCAAAAUAGGGGAAGAUAUUGAGCCAACUGUGAAUGAAGCGGUGGAACCAAACAAGGAAGACAUCCGCAGCGAGCCCUUCUCGCUCCCCUCUCAGUUUGUAUGGGACACCCUGGACAUACAUGACUCAGACAUUUUGCAAGAGCUGUACACGCUUUUAAACGAGAACUACGUAGAAGAUGACGACAACAUGUUCCGCUUCGACUACUCUGCAGAGUUCCUUAUUUGGGCCCUUACUCCACCAGGCUGGUUAAAAGAUUGGCACUGUGGGGUCCGAGUGGCAACCAACAACAAACUGGUUGGCUUCAUCAGCGGGGUACCGGCCAACAUCCAGAUCUUUGACAAAGAACAGAGAAUGGUGGAGAUCAAUUUUCUCUGCGUCCACAAGAAGCUGCGGUCCAAGCGCGUGGCUCCCGUCCUGAUCCGUGAGAUCACGCGGAGGGUGCACCAACAGGGCAUCUUUCAGGCCGUCUACACGGCCGGCGUUGUCCUCCCCAAGCCAGUCGCAACGUGCAGGUACUGGCAUCGGUCAUUGAACCCAAAGAAGUUGAUUGAUGUCAAGUUCUCCCACAUAGGCAGAAAUAUGACACUGCAGCGCACGAUCAAGCUCUACAAGCUGCCUGAUAAACCCAAGCUUGACAUGCGGCCCAUGGUGCCCGAAGACGUCCCCGAUUGCUGUAAGCUCUUCAGAAGCUACAUGAUGAAGUUCUCCAUGGCACCCAUCUUCAACGAAGAAGAAUUCACCCACUGGUUCACGCCCAAAGAAGGCAUCAUCAGUACAUACGUCUUAGAGAUGGAUGGCAAACUGACAGAUUUCAUCAGUUACUACACUCUGCCGUCCUCCAUCAUGCACCAUCCGAUACACAAGAAGCUGAAGGCCGCGUACGCCUUCUACUCGGUCGCCACCAAGACGAAUAUAGUGGACCUUAUGCACACCGCCCUCACACUGGCUAAACAGGAUGGCUUUGAUGUCUUCAACGCCCUGGACCUGAUGGAGAACAAAGCAUUCCUUGAGAAGCUGAAGUUUGGCAUCGGUGACGGUAACUUGCAAUACUACCUGUACAACUGGCGGUGUAAAAGCAUGGAACCCCACCAGAUUGGUCUGGUGCUGCAGUAGAGAGUCCUGUUAUGGCUUUGUAGUCCAUCAAAGGACCAAGACAAGCAAGAUUGCAACAAAAAGUCUUCAGCAGAAGGGACCCCUAGCAGAGCUAGCUGUAGGAAUUUCCUUGGUUGUCACCACAAGUCAUCUGUCAUCACAAGUCAUCCUUUUCCUCCAGGCCCUGCCCCCCCCCCCCCCAAUUCCUCCCCC